AUGAAAUUUGAAUCUAGCCCAACCACACACACACACACACACACACACCCAACCACACACACACACACACACACACACACACACACACACACACACACACACACACACACACACACACACACACACACACACACACAACAAACCAUUUCUAACCCAAACUCCUUUUUUCCCCCCACCCAAACAGCACACUCAGUCGGUUGUGAAGAAGGCUGGCUAACUUUCAACAACUACUGCUACUGGUAUUCUGGCGAAACCGAAUACAACGUUCUGUCAUUCAACGAAGCGAGAGAUGACUGUAAAAGUAAAGGAGCAGAUAUGGUGUCCAUUCAUUCACAGGAAGAGAAUGAAUUUGUUUAUUCUAUGAUUUCGGAAGGGACUUACUACUAUCUGAACACGUGGAUUGGCCUCUCCGACGAAGGACAUUCGAACGAGGUCACGUGGGUAGAUGGGACAGAUGUGACGUUUACGAGCUACGAGCAGUUCGAUUACAACCCCUUUUACUCCUCCCCCUCCUGCGGCUUGGUAGACUACGCAGCGUACACGGCUCAGUCCUGGACAAUAGGGCCUUGUUCUGACUACAAUUCGUACGUGUGUAAGAAGCCACAGGAAACGACUCCUAUAAAUCCGCCGUCGGAUGGCUGCAAAGAUUGUCCACGCGACUCGAAGGCAAGAGCGAAGGAAAUGAACGCCAAGAUGCUCAGAUUCAAGGCUAAAGAAAGGACACUCGGCAACUCUAAGCUCGAGGAAUUCAACGCCGAGGAAAAGGAAGUGAGGGAAGGCAACGCCAAGGAAGAAGUUCCAAUGGAAUUCAACGCCGAGGAAAAAGAAUUGAGGGAAGGCAACGCCAAGGAAAAGGAAGUGAGGGAACGCAACGCCAGGGGAGAGGAACUGAAGGAACUCGACGCCGAGGAGAUCCUUGAGGGAGAGGAACUGAAGGAACUCGACGCCGAGGAGAUCCUUGAGGGAGAGGAACUGAAGGAACUCGACGCCGAGGAGAUCCUUGAGGGAGAGGAACUGAAGGAACUCGACGCCGAGGAGAUCCUUGAGGGAGAGGAACUGAAGGAACUCGACGGCAAGACACACGAACUCUCGGAAGAGCGCGAAAGCAGCCAAGGCUCCGCCGCCAGCCCUCCCCUCAUACGGAAACCCCGAUCCCCCCCUAACCUCCCCCGCCAUACCCUCUCCCCUCUGGACGCCUCCGGCCGCCACGAACACCCCAUCUGGCUGAGCUCCCACGAGGACGACGCCCCCUUCACCGCCACCAACUUCCACUCGCGCUUCAGAAACCAGCACUGGGCCAAGCACACGCUCCGCUCCUUCCAGCAGCAGCAGCAGCAGCACGACGGACGACUCAAGCUGCACGCGAGGAUCAAGGCGCUGCUCGAAAGGACGACCCAGAGGCCGGUCGUCAAGGAGAUCAGCGGCGUCCAGGUGGGGCUGCCGACGUCCACCGCCGAGUCGUUCACGCUCUCGGCCAGCGACGGGGAGGGCGGGGGGGAACGCAACUGCACCCACGCCGAGAGCAAGCACCCGAAUCCCGACCGCCCCAAAACUCCGACAACUCCGAAACCCCCGACAUCACCGACUCCAACUACCCCUCUCACGCCCCCGCCCCCGACGCCGCCCGCGCCCGCCAACACCACCGACAACCGAACCGAGGUCACAGCCGCCCCGACAACCCCGAAGCCGCCGCCGACGGGGUGCAAUCGGAGCGACGUAGCCUACAAGGGGUCCUGUUAUAACUUCCCUGGUCAGACCCAUUCUUGGCAAGACGCUAAGGGUGUUUGUGAGUCGAGCAAAGCCCAUCUUGUCGUCCUUAAUGACAGGUUCGAAAGCGCCUUCCCGUCGAGCUACUUAGGUGAGUUAGGUGAACGGGCCUGGAUCGGCAUGUCGGGGACCGUGGCGGAGGACGGUUCGGUCACCUUUACCUGGGUCAACGGUGAUGAGGUCGACUAUACGAACUGGGCGGAGUAUGAGCCAGCACCAAACCACGGAACUUGCGUGGCCGCAUCAGGAAGGCUGGAGACGCCCGGCCUAUGGGAAAUUCGGGACUGCACCGACGCCUUCCAGUAUGUGUGCGAGUACGACCGAGAGGGCUACAUACCCCCCACCCCCCCAACCACCCCGGCACCCGUUACGUUCUGCGCUGAGGGCUGGGAGAGGCACGAAGGGAAGUGUUAUAAGGUAUUUAAAGAGCCGCGGACUUGGGGCAUGGCGGAAGGAACCUGUAACUCCUACGGGGCUUUCCUGGCGAGCAUAGGAAGUGCGGAGGAGCAAGUGUUUUUGCAGAACCUCCCUGGCAUUACCAGCAUCAGCGGUGACUUCCUCUCGAUCUGGGUUGGUCUCCAUCUCGCCUCGGAUUCAGGCUAUUACUGGACAGAUGGGUCAGCAAUGGACUACGUGGAUUGGGCAGUUGGUCAGCCGGACAGCCAUCUUGGGAGGGAAGGCUGCGUUCUGGUCGAUAAAGUGACGUUCAAGAUGUCGGAUACUGUUUGCGAUACGUUCCAGCCGUUCAUCUGCGAGGCGACGGAAGGCACAAUGCUGACGACCCAAGCCCCGCCCACCGAGACCCCGGAUGUUCCCUGCGACGACGACAGCUCCUGGCUCCUGUUCAACGACAACUGCUACAAGUUCAUCUCCGAGGCCGACGAAGCGCCUCAGACGUGGUGGACUUCGCACAGGCUGUGUCGAGAGGAAGGGGGGGAGUUGGCGUCGAUUCACACCUACGAGGAAAACUAUUGGAUCGUGUCGAAGAUCUACAACAAGACUGACCAGACGCUGUGGAUCGGCGGGCGGUCCAAGCUCGACAGCAGCUACGAAUGGCUGGAUGGCUCCGUCUUCGACUUCAUAAACUGGGCCGAGGGCGAACCGAACGACUUCUUGGAUCAAGAAGACUGCAUCGGCAUGUACACUCGCGCAUCCGGGUACUGGAACGACCAGAACUGCGCCCACACCGAGGGUCGGAUCUGCAAACGACCCCACCACGCCACGCUGCCUCCUGCGAUCACGACCUUAGCUCCCGAUGGACACUGCCCGUCGGGGUGGAUGCAUGUCGCUUUAUCUAUCUAUUUAUCUCAAGGAUCCAAGUGCUUCAAGUACUUUACGCAGAGGUUGACUUUCGAUGACGCUCGAACGGCUUGCCAAGCGCUGGGAGAGGGCGUGGAUAUGAUCAGUGUUCAUUCGUCCAGUGAACAGGCGCACCUGACCACCGCCCUGGGCCAGCUACAAGUCAACACGUGGCUGGGGAUGAGAAACGAACGCGGCUUCCACUGGGUCGACCAAACUGCCAUCACGUACACCAACUGGGCAACGGGAGAGCCCAACGGCCACUACUAUGGGUCCUGGGGCCCCGGAGAAGACUGCGUGGAGAUGCUCACCCACAACCGCGCCGGACAGUGGAACGACGCUAACUGCCUCAUCCGCCACGCGUACAUUUGCCAGAGGAAUAUGGACCCGAGCAUAGGGACCCACAGCCCGCCACCCACGUGCGCGCCCCCACUCGAAAGCUAUUUGAACUACAGUGGAUCAUGUUACAAACUUGUUUCUACUCCUACUUCCUGGCAGGACGCCGAGGACGCGUGCGUGAGCGAGGGCGCGCACCUGGCCUCCGUUCAACACGUGUCCGAGCAGUCCUUCCUGUGGGUGCUGGCGCUGGACACGGGCGUUGAGGACACGUGGAUUGGGCUGAAUAACCUCAAGGACAAAGUACAGUUCCGUUGGUCCGACGACUGGCCGACCAUCUACACGAACUGGGCCAAGAAUGAACCGAACUCCAACCAAACGGACCACAACUGCGUCUGGUUGAGUGCCACCAAAGAGGGGUCGUGGUACAGCGACUUCUGUUCUGAGAAGAAGCCUUACGUCUGCAAGCAUAAGGAUGGUCCCGUGCCCACCCCCGAUCCCCCAGCCACGGGGACGUGUCCGGAUGAUCGCUGGCUCAACCUUGGCGGCGGCUUCUGCUACCUCGUCAUCGAAUCUGCUAAACCAUGGAAUGAGGCAAAUAUGAG